AUGGAUAUUGCUAUGGAUCCAACGACGCCGCAAAUUACGGCAACCGCCCACCAGCGGCAGCACCUUCAGGAUGUGGCUCGCCGAUGCGGAUGUUCUCCCGAGGACAUCGAGGAUGUAUAUGCCUGUACUCCCCUUCAGGAAGGGAUGUUUUCCCUCACACUGAAAGACUCUGGGGCCUAUAACGUCGGUUACAAGUACCGCCUGCCGCCCGACGUCAACCCGCACCGCCUGCAAGCAGCAUGGGAGAAGACGGCGCGGACGAACCCCAUCCUGCGCUCCCGAAUCGUGCCAACGAGUGAUCGGGGCUGCGUGCAAGCAGUUCUAAGAAAGGGGAUCCCGUGGAUUGAGAAGGUGAACUCGGAAGACGAGGAUUUGAACGCCGCCGCCAAGGGCAGCACCGGGACGAAAUACGAGUCCGCUGAAGCUCGGCUGCGGGCUAUCUGGCCGGUGGGGUCCCCCAUGGUGAAGCUGAUCUGGGACCCCAUGAGCCAUGAACUGACGGUUGUGAUCCAUCAUGCGCUCUGCGAUGACUGGUCCAUGGCCGUAGUCCUGCGACAGGUGGCGGCCGCAUACGCAGGCGAAUCCCUGGCAACAAAGCCCUUCCGACCCUUGAUCGACUUUAUUGAGCAGUCCGAGGCGCGUGCAUCUCGAUUCUGGAAGGCCAGAUUCCACGGGUUCGAUCAUGCGAAUACGAGUAUCUUUCCCACCCGUCCGGGCCAAGAUUAUGUGCCACAGCCAACUACCACGCUCCGCCGCACAUUCCCUCAGUCAGCCGGCGCCCGCGCCGCAUUUGCGCUCAAUGCCAAGGUCCGGGUUGCUUGGGCAAUCCUGCAGUCAUUGUACACCAGAUCCUCUGAAGUCCUUUUCGGCGCCAUUGACACGGGGCGCGGCAUUCCCCUCUCUGGCAUCGAAGAGCUGAGCGGACCUGCUCUGGUUUGUAUCCCCGUGCAGGUCCGUCUCGGCGGGGCUCGAACCGUCACCGAAGCCUUGGAGCAAGCGCAGCGCGAAUGGAUCGAGUCCAUGGAAUUCCAGCAUGCGGGCUUGCAGAACAUCAUGCGCAUGGGCCCAGGCCCGGCAGCCGCCUGUCGCUUCCAAACCCUGCUCGCCGUGGAGCCAUGCGACACCUAUGACCUGCCGGAUUUAUUCCUGCAACAGCAAUCGUUGCAACCUGUGUUUGAUACCUACUCGCUCAUUAUCCGAUGGCGGCCAAAUUCGCAAUCGAAGUCCGUCACGAUCGAGGCCACAUUUGAUCCGGAUGUGCUGGGUGCCCGACAGGUCGAGCGGAUCGUUCACCAGCUAGCCCAUAUCUACCAGCAGGUUGAGUGCACACCGCAGCUGGCCUUGGACCAACUGGAUGUGUGCAGUCCAGAGGAUAUUCGGGACCUGGAACGUUGGAAUCUCCCUAUUCCUCCGGCGGUUCCUCACGGUGUCCAUGACUUGAUUGAGCGGCAGGCUCAGAAGAGCCCGCAGGCCGUCGCUGUGCGUAGUUGGGAUGGAAGCUUAACGUAUGAGGAGCUUAGUAGGACUUCCUCUACACUGGCAACUGUGUUGACCAGCCAGGGCAUUAGUCGCGGGACAGUUGUCCCUCUCUGCGUUGGUCACUCCAAAUGGGCCGCAGUGGCCAUGAUGGCCAUGAUGAAAUCCCGGGCGGUAUUUGUUCUCCUCGAUGAAUCAUACCCUCUGGCGCGUUUGAAAAGAAUGUGCGAGGACGUGCAGGCUCGAUGCGUCGUUGGCACAAAACGGAGUACGAACCUGGCCGCCCGGCUGGGAUUGGAGCUCCUCAUCGUCGAUCAGGUGGACGGGGAAACACCGCCAGCAGAGCAAGUGAGCACAAACCUAGAGGAGAGCAUACGGCCCGAGGAUGUGAUGUAUAUCACCUUUACAUCUGGAUCAACCGGCGUCCCUAAGGGGGUCAUAGUCAGUCAUGGCGGGUUCGCCACGAGCGCCACGGCCCAUGCUCGACUGUAUAACUUCACACCGUCCGCUCGAGUCCUCCAAUUCGCGUCACCCGGAUUUGACUCAUUCAUCAUCGAGAACUUGAGCACGCUUAUAGCCGGAGGAUGCGUCUGCGUGCCUCAUCCCGACGACUGUCGCAGCCGGCUGCAAGAGGUGAUCAACGAAUUCGCCGUCAACAACGCCUGCCUAACCCCUACAGUAGCCCGAAUCCUGCCACCGGACAAACUCCCCAGUCUCCAAGACCUGAGCUUCAUCGGUGAAGCGGUGAACACCAGUGACGUUUCGCGAUGGGAGCCGUUCGUGCGCGUACGCAACGCAUACGGACCCGCCGAGUGCUCCGCCGUGUUCAGCGUCCAGCCGCAUCUCACUCCCCACAACCCGGCGAAUAUCGGCUUGGCGACUGGCGGCGCCGGAUGGGUGGUUGAUCCCGAUGAUCCGCAACGGCUGAUGCCGGUGGGUAGUGUUGGCGAGCUGCUCAUCGAGGGACCCAUUGUCGGUUUGGGAUAUACGUCGGACACGGGCGCUUCCAAGCGGGCAUUCAUCGAUCCGCCGCGAUGGCGACAGAGGCGAUUUGGUCCCUGUAGUGGUAGUAUGUACCGAACGGGCGACCUGGUUCAGAGUGCGGGAGAUGGUAGUUUUCGGUACCUGGGCCGUAAGGAUACGCAGGUCAAGUUGCGCGGGCAGCGCAUUGAACUGGGUGAAGUCGAGCAUCAUUUGAAAACCAGCGGAUUCCCUGAAGCCGCGCAUGUCGUUGCAGAUAUCGUCCAUUCUGGAGGGGAAGGUGGCGAGGGUUCGGCUACUCAGCUUGUAGCCUUCGUCUGCUGGUCAGACAGGUUCAGCAUGACCGAGGAGGAUAAACCAUCCGAUACGCUCUUCCUUGCCGCCAGUGAGCAACAUCGCGAUGCAUGCGCGGCGGCUGGGGCACGGCUUUCUUCAGCCCUACCGUCAUUCAUGGUGCCAAGUACAUUCCUACCUGUUCACCACAUGCCGCAGACCUUCUCGGGGAAGCUGGACCGGCGUCAACUGCGAGGGCAAGCAGGGCGACUCUCAUCGAAGCAGCUCGAAUCCUACCGCGCGGCCAAGGCUCCGCAGAGAAAACCAGGAAAUCAGACCGAGGAACAGGUCCAGCGCAUCUGGGCGCAAGUACUAAACAUCCCCAAGGACCGUGUAGGUGUAUCUCAGAGUUUCUUCCAUCUUGGCGGCGAUUCCGUCAGCGCAAUGCAGGUAGCGGCCAGCUGUCAGCGAGAGGGAUACCCAGUGGGGGUCAGUAAUAUCUUCCAAUCCCCUACGGUCGAGGAGCUUGCCGAGCACAUUAUACAGACCGAGAGAAGAUACAGCACCAGCACCAGUGACAGUCGUGUCAGCAGCGCGAGCACACCGAUCACCUCCGAUGAUGAUGGUGAGGUGACAGAAAUGACCUGGACGGGGUUGUCACCAGUGCAGCAGCUGUUUUUCGAGCUAUGUCCGAAGGGCCAUGAUCGGUUUACCCAGCAGUUCCUGCUGCAAAUUGCCAGACCCCAACCCACUGCCCGUCUGCGAGAGGCGAUUGACGCGAUUGUAGAACGGCACCCAAUCCUGUGUGCUCGGUUUGAGCAGAAAUCCAGGGGAGGGUGGUCCCAGCUCCUCAGCAUGAACAAUAAUACCCAACUUUGCUUCCGCGAACAUAUUCUGUCGGGUAUCGGUGAUGGAAAGUUGAGAGAUGUACUCGAAGAGAGUCAAAACCUGCUGGAUAUCAAGGCAGGAAGGCUCUUCAUUGUUGACCUGGUCAACACUCCUACUGGAAGCCAAUAUCUGUCCCUGAUGAUACACCAUUUGGUGAUUGAUUUGGUCUCGUGGCGGGUUUUGCUCCAGGAGCUCGAGGAAUUUCUCGUCACAGGUGCCCUUUCUGGACCGACUUCAAUGACCUUCCACCGCUGGUGCCAGCUGCAGGAGAACUUUGCACGGCGAUGUCUCGACCCGCAGACGGCGCUGCCGGCCGACAUCCCACCCCAGCCGCUGGAGUACUGGGGCGAUUCAGUGUUGGCAGAUGGCCAGAAUACCUGGGCGGACACUGUUCACGAGUCAUUCACUAUAUCCGAGUCCAUAAGUCGGCAGAUCCUAGGAUCCGCAAAUGACGCGCUUCGUACCCGUCCCGUGGAGCUUCUCAAUGCGGCCCUGAUCUAUUCCUUCGCUCGGGUCUUUGAUGACCGUGAGGCACCGACCGUCUUUACCGAAGGCCACGGACGAGAGCCGUGGGAUCCUGCACUUGACCUAUCGCGCACCGUUGGCUGGUUCACCACGAUGAUGCCAGUCUUCGUUCGCGCCAACCCCCAGAACGACUUCGGCACGGUCCUACAACGGGUGAAGGACGGUCGACGCGCAAUCCCGUCAAACGGCUGGGCGUACUUUGCCUCUCGAUUCCUGCAUCCGAGGGGCCGUGCAAGCUGGCGAGAUCAUCUUCCCAUGGAGAUCCUGUUCAACUAUACGGGUUUAUUCCAGCAGCUUGAGAACCCCGAUGCGUUGCUGCAGCUGGCGGCUGUCCCUGAUCAUGAAAUCCUGCCCAUGCCGGCGGACUUGCCGCGCUUUGCAUUGGUGGAUGUGUCGGUCACGGUUGUGAAUGGGUGCCUAAGUGCAUCUAUCAUGUAUAACCGGCGCAUGCGGCACCAGGAACGGCUGCAUGAGUGGGUGGCUGAGUAUCAGCGCACGUUAGAAGGGCUUCCGGACGCAUUGAAGGAAUAUAAGCGCUUCACACUGUCCGACUUUCCGCUCCUAUCGCUUGAAAGUACCGAGCAUCUGGACGAUCUGAUUGCAGAGGUUCAAACCCGGUGCCAGAUCAAGACUUCUAAUAUUGAAGACAUCUAUCCCUGCUCUCCUGUACAGCUGGGGAUGUGGCUGAGCCAGUCAAAGGAUCCUCGGGCAUACUGGUCUCGACUCCGUUGGUUGGUACGAUCAACCACACCUGAAGAGGAUACAAUCAGUCUAUCCCGUCUCAAGGAAGCAUGGCAGCAGGUAGCUGACCGUCAUCCUAUCUUGCGAACCGUCCUCAUGGCCAGUCCUCGCAUGGACGGCCAGCCGCUACAGGUUGUUUUGCGACAUGCCACGGCCGACGUCCGCGAGUAUCAGCCCAACUCAACGAAAGAGAGCGAGGAAGACUCAUUGUCAAUUAUUCAGGAGCACGAGGAGGCUCUACGUCUUGGUCAUUCCUUUUGUAUGAAAAAAAUCAGUGACAACGAGGUUGUCUGUGACUUGGUGAUCAACCACAUCCUGAUCGACGGCUUCACGUUGCAAAUCCUUCUCUCCGAUCUGCAAAGAGCGUAUGACAACCAGCUACCCUCUUUUGGAGCAGCUCCUUUUAGCAGAUACUUGACCAGCCUCCGAGGCCAGUCCGAGCAAACGUCUCGGGCGUAUUGGAGAAAGUAUCUUCGGGACAUACAGCCGUGCCUUUUUCCCCGUCUGGAUGGCAAUGUCCAUAGCCAUGGGAAUGCCCUGAAGUCCGUACCAUUUUCCAUACACGACACAGAGGCGCAGUCUCUGCAAGAAUUUUGCCAACAGCAGGGUACGACGAUUGCAAACAUCCUACAGGUAGCUUGGGGACUGCUUCUCCGCGCCUACACCGGUGCGGAUUCCGUGUGCUUCGGGUACCUUGCGUCCGCGCGCGAUAUACCUCUCCCUGGCGUUCAGGAGAUCGCCGGACCGCUUAUCAACCUCCUUGUCUGCAGAUUGAACUUGGAACAUGGUGAUGAUAUCCGCUCUGUUAUCGGCAACAGUCAAACGGCAUAUGCGCAGAGCUUGGAUCAUCGCUGUUGCUCACUACCAGAGGUGAUUCAUGCGCUGGGACUCACGAUUCCUCGGCUGUUCAAUACGGCCAUGUCCCUGCAGAAGGAACGCGAUCAACCAGGCCACUCGUCCUCGAGCGUGGUGGUGGAACAACAAGGCGGGCAGGACGUGACUGAGUAUGACCUGACUGUGAACGUCACCCUGCGAAAGGCCAGCAUUGAAGGCGAUCUUACCUUUUCUUCGGGCCUCAUGACUCGCGAGCAAGCAGCAAUGAUUGCCGACUCGUAUGUGUAUAUCCUCCGGCAGCUUGCCACCGGUCAACCGCAGGCCAUUGGUAAACUGGACCUCUUCAGUCCAAUGAACGAGACACGUGUAUGGAAUAGCAACAAAGAUGUUCCCAUCACUAGCGACGGAUGUAUUCACUCUACAAUUCAGCGAUCUUCACUUGCCCGACCGACGUCUCCUGCUGUCUCUGCCUGGAACGGCACGCUCACCUAUGCCCAACUCGACCGCCUGGCAUCCGAUCUGGCUUUUCAACUUUGUGAUGCAGGCAUAGGUCCUGAUGUCUUUGUCCUGGUCUGUUGCGAAAAGUCUCUAUGGGUUGUUGUUGCGGUUUUGGCAGUGCUCAAAGCCGGGGGUGCCUUUAUUCUGCUCGAUCCCUCCCACCCAGUCGACCGACUACAGGCUGUAAUCAAGCAGGAUUUUCCGGGAUCCUUGGUACUAACAACGCAGAGCGCCGCGCCCGUCGCUGCCAAAAUCGGCGAUGUAGUCUGGGUGGUAGAUGCCCGGGAGCAGGGUUCUUUGGAUGCUGACACGCUCAGCUCGACUUCCUUCCCUGCCGUCAGUUCACCGGCAAGUGCUGCAUAUGCGGUGUAUACCUCUGGCAGCACAGGGACGCCCAAAGCAAGUGUCAUUGGACAUAGAUCCUACCUAACGGCCGCAGCAGCACAUACGAAGGUUUUCUGCCUCGGUUCCGAUUCCCGGGUCCUCCAAUUUGCUUCGUUUGCCUUCGAUGCCAGCAUUGCCGAAAUUCUGAGUACACUUCUAGUGGGUGGAUGCAUCUGUAUGCCAUCAGAAGAAGACCGCACACAGAAUCUGGCUAGCUUCGUACAACAACAUCGGGUAAACUGGGCCCUGCUGACCCCGUCGGUGUCCCGUAUUCUGGAUCCAGACGAGGUGCCAUCCCUAAAGACUCUUGUUCUUGGUGGCGAAGAGGUGCGCGCCGCCGACGUUCAGAGAUGGUCGAACCAUGUCACUCUUAUGAAUGCGUACGGGCCGUCGGAGUGCUCUGUAAUAUCCACCGUCCAGACAUCAUCGAACAUACUCUCCUCCGAUCCGAGCAAUAUUGGCCACGCCACGGGGGCUUUGACCUGGGUUGUCGACGCGCAGGAAUGCGCCCACCUGGUCCCAAUUGGAGCUCUUGGUGAGCUGCUCAUUGAGGGGCCUAUAGUCGGGCGAGGGUACGUCAACAGACCUGAGCAGUCUGCUGCUGCCUUUAUCCUGAACCCGCCAUGGAUAGACAAAACGUAUCGAAAGGGCUCCUCUCGUUUCUACAGGACCGGAGAUCUGGCAAGAAUGUUGCCUGAUGGGUCCUUGCGCUACGAAGGGCGUAAGGACCGGCAGGUCAAGUUACACGGACAGCGAAUGGAGCUCUCCGAGGUGGAACGGCAUGUUCGCGAGUCCUUUCCUGGCACCGGGGAGGUGUUUGCAGAGCUUUUAAAGCCCGAUGGCGUAGAGGAACCACGGCUUGUCGCAUGUGUUCAGCAGCAAACACAAACCCGAGACGAAUUUGACGAUCUGGUUUAUCGUGCACGAGACAUUCUGCGCAAACGAGUGCCUGCGUUCUUGAUCCCGUCCGCUUUUGUCCAGCUGGAUGAGGUUCCUCGACUGCCCAGCGGUAAGGUUGACCGACUCCAGAUACGCCGCAAUGCCGUUCUUGCCAUCGAGGAAGCUCGGACUGCAAAACCCAUUGGCAAUGGCCGCUCAAAGCGGGAUGUUGGAAGAGAUCUCACAGCCAUCGAGAAGAGGGUACGAGAUCUAUGGGCCGAGCUGCUGCACAUCCCAACCGACAAUAUCCUCCCCGAUGACAAUUUCUUUUCUCUCGGAGGCGAUUCGAUUAUGGUCAUGAAAUUGGCAUCUGUCGCCUCCCGUCAGGGAUGCCUGCUGACUGUAGCUGAUGUAUUCCUUCAUCCGCGCCUCGAUGAUCUCGCUGGUGUCAUAGAAGCCAAAGAAGGAGUAUCGUCCGAUUCUGGCGAUGAUAUGAUGGAGUCGGAUCCUCCGCCGUUCUCUCUCCUGCCUUCAGAGAAGCACCUGGAGAUAAAGCGUCAGGCCGUUGCCCAGUGUGGAGUCCCCAUGGACCAAAUCGAGGAUAUCUACCCGGCCACUGCGAUGCAGGCUGGUCUGGCGGCCAUGUCUACCGAACGUCCCGGUGCCUACAUUGCACACCAUCUCUACCAGCUGAGGCCAGAAAUUGAAGUUGAUCGCCUUCAGCAGGCAUGGGAGUUGGUAACUGAGCGACAUUCUAUUCUGCGCACGAGACUCGUCCAAGCCACAGAUCUGGGGUGCCUGCAAGUUGUGCUCAAGGACUCUCCUGUGGAAUGGACCAACACCACUGCGCGAUCUGCAAAGGCCACAGGGCAGCAGCUUGGAAACCUCCGUGAUCCCUCGAGAGAUGGCAUAUUCGGGGUUCCUCUAGUCUAUUUUACGGUCUCGAAAGUUCUUGAUGGCAACGAUGCGGUCACUGAUUGCAGCCUCACGAUCACAAUGCACCACGCGGUGUACGAUGCAUGGUCCUUACCCCGUCUACUUGAAGAUGCCGAGGCAGUUUAUCGUGACGGAAGGCUAGCAUUGCAUAUCGAGCCCGCUCCGUUCCAACGAUAUAUCCAAUAUACGACUUCCCAGACAAAGGCGGCUUUGAACCGUUGGGAUGAACAACUCCGCUCUCUGUCCGCCGAGUCUUUUCCCAGCAUUCCAUUCCAAUCCUAUCGUCCAGUGUCCACAAGCCAGCUGGACUAUUCUGUGACUACUGGCCCGUUCACGACUCCUGGAGUGACACGGACCACAGCAGUGCGACUAGCAUGGGCUCUUGUUCAGUCCCAAUAUCAAAGUCAUGAUGAAGUUGUAUUCGGUGUGGUAUCUUCCGGGCGCAGUGCCCCUGUUCCAGGCCUGCAAGAUAUGACGGGUCCAACCAUCACGGCUAUGCCAUUGCGGGUUCAGAUUGACACGCAUGAGGAGGUCCAGGACAGUCUUAUCGCGUUUCAGCAGUGGAUGGCAGAUAUGGCCCCUUUCGAACAUGUCGGACUGCAGCAGAUUGCGAGACUGGGUCCGGACGCGGCACGGGCUUGUUCCUUCCAGACUCUUCUCAACAUCGAACAGGCUAGUAAGGAUUCUACUGAACGAAUUGAGAAACUGUUCAAGUCUGUGGAUACUACGGCUAAAAAGGGCGCGUUUGCUACGUACGCGGUUGUCCUCAAUUGUACACUUGAACCAGACACAGUGCGUAUUGCUGCCACAUUUGACGACGAGGUCAUCCCAGAAUGGAAGAUGCAACGAAUCCUUUACCAGCUUGGACACAUGCUGAAGAUGAUCCACCAGAGAGAUGAGCGUUCCAUCGGAGAUAUGAUUGCCUCUCUCAAUGCCCAAGAUAUGGACCUCUUACACGAAUGGGGCUCUUCUGCGCCUAGUCUGAUUCCUGAGUCCGUUCAAUCUGCUAUCGAUCGGCAGACUUCCACACAGCCAGAUGCCCCUGCCAUUUGCUCUUGGGAUGGAGAUUUCACCUAUCGCGAAUUAGAAGUGUGGUCUGCCCAACUGGCCAAUGUUCUCCAUGCCCACCAUAUUCAGUCGGGUAGCUUCGUUCCCCUCUACAUGGACCGGUCUCGCUGGGUAAUCGUCGCGAUGCUGGGCAUCAUCAAGGCCGGAGUAGCUUUCGUGCUUCUGGACACAUCAUACCCACUGUCGCGCCUGCGAACAAUCUGCGAGGAAGUGCAUGCCGAGGUGAUAGUGACCAGUCCGGACAGAAUGUCUGCCGCUCAAGAGCUUGUUCCACGAGCUACCAUUCUCCCUCUUGGUGAAGGUCUCCAAGGUCAUUCCCAGCAUUCGGAUACGCCAUUUCAGAACAUCACGGUACGUCCCAGAGAUGCGCUUUAUGCGAUGUUUACUUCUGGAUCUACCGGCAAGCCCAAAGGUGUGGUCAUCGAACACGGGCCGUUCGUGACCAUGAGCAAGGAGUAUCGCGAGCGAGUUGGGCUAGGACCUAGUGCGCGGGUGCUCCAUUUCGGUUCUUAUGCAUUUGAUGUUAGUAUCCUGGAGACUCUGUGCACACUCAUCACAGGGGGAUGUAUCUGUAUUCCCUCCGAGCCAGAGCGCCAGGAGAGGUUUACCGAGGCGUUGCGCCGACUACAACCAACCCAUGCUUUGCUCACUCCAUCCUUUGUCCGUGCACUUCCUUUGGAUGACCUGGCACCAAUUCACACAUUCAUGCUUGUCGGCGAGCCGCCCCGUCGAGACGAAAUCGACCGAUGGUCUUCAAAACUCCGGCUCAUGAACCUGUACGGACCAGCAGAAUGCACCAUUCUCGCUGCUCUGCAACCGCGAGUCCACCGGGACAUGGAACCCACAAACAUCGGUUUCGCUACAGCUGGUGCCGCCUGGAUCGCGGAUCCGCGGGACCCUCAUCGGCUUGUCCCUAUUGGCGCCGUAGGUGAGCUUCUAUUGCAAGGAGCCAUGGUAGGCCGUUGUUACCUAAACGAACCCGAACUGACAACGGCUGCCUUUCUCCGGGCGCCUUCGUGGCUUGCUCGUUUUAUUCGGCACACCAAUACCAACGACGAACGAAUCUACCGCACCGGAGACCUAGUUCGCUACGAUCACGAUGGAUCGCUAGUCUAUCUAGGGCGGAAGGACUUCCAGGUCAAGUUGCGAGGUCAACGCCUCGAGCUGAGCGAGGUGGAGGAUCAUAUCCUCAGGGCGUAUCCGGGGUCUCUCAAAGAUGUCGCUGCGGAACUAGUAACAACUGUAGAUUCGCACUCUAAUCCUUCCCUGGUCGCUUUUCUCUCCCCGUCGGAAAUUCAAGGUGCAAAAACUUCGUCCUCAUCCUUCCCGCUGGAGGUUGCUUCGUCGGCGGACUUCCAGCAGAAGAUCAACACCACUCGCUCCCUGAUGCACGACUGUGUCCCAGAUUUCAUGAUCCCUACUAUCUUCGUCCCCCUAGUGGAUCUGCCGCGAACUAUCGGUGGGAAGAUUGAUCGCCGUCGACUGCGAGAAGCAGCCGGCUCGGUCACCCGUCAGCAACUUGAGGCCGUAGGUUCAACAUCGCAGAAGCAGAAAGCUCCGAUGGCCUCUGCGGUGGAGCGGACCCUGCACAACAUCUGGGCCAAAGCCCUAGGCGUCUCCCCGGUUGAUAUUGGCGCGGAGGACAGCUUCUUCCGACUCGGGGGCGACUCCAUUACAGCGCUACAGGCUACCAGCCAAGCUCGCGCCGUGGCAAUUGAACAUUCUGUCGCUGACCUUUUCCGGUGGAAGACGAUCAGGGAGAUCGGCCGGCGCUUUGCCAAUGUUUCUGCGGACGAGGCGACCAGUGGAAAGUCAGGAGAUCUGGAAGCAACUCUGCCUACUGAAGCUGGCGCUGCUGGGGUUUUUCCCUGCACCCCCGUGCAGCGGGGAGUACUAUUGACUCAGGUCAAGGAUCCUAGCAGCUAUGCACCACAUUUCAUCUGGAAGAUAGUGCCCGCCUCCCCAAAGGGCAUCGCUGUGGACCUCGAUCGGCUUGUUGCAGCCUGGAAACGGGUCGUGGCUCGUCAUUCUGCCUUGCGGACAGUGUUCCGAUAUGAUUCCACGGCUGGGAGUGACGUUUUUCAGUUGCAAAUCCGCCAGGAAAUUGAGGUCCCCGUUCGCAUUCUUCCAGCAUCCAAUACAGAUGCCCGGGGAGUUCCGAUCUGUCUCACUCAAAUUCAUCCUCCGAUAACCGGGCAUAACGGCCAAAUUCCACAUGAGUUCACAAUCUGUCCUGGUAGGAAGGGUGAGGUCUACUGUCGACUAGAUAUCAACCAUGCAAUCAUCGAUGCGAUAUCGGUUGCUCUCCUGGAACGGGACCUGCUGCGGCUCUAUGACGAGGGCCCAGAGGCUCCCAAGUCCGAAGAUGCAUACCAGGAAUAUCUGCGUUUUGUUCACCGGCAACCCCUCGAACCUGCUGCGGCCUACUGGCGUGAAUACUUGACCGGAAUGCAGCCGUCGGUCCUGCCCCAACCCAAAGCUGUGGAAAGCGUACCAUCGAUUCCCCAGCGGCUCGAGAUCCCGCUCGUCUGCACCGCAGCCGAUAUUGACGAAGUCUGCCAGGGCACAGAUUGGACGGCCUCGAACUUGCUGUACCUUGCCUGGGCCUUGACACUGAAAUGCUUCACUGGAUCCGAUGAUAUUUGCUUCGGCACGCUUACGUCUGGUCGGCAUAUUCCCAUUCCUCAUCUUGAGGAGACUGUAGGUCAAAUCUCGAACAUGGCGAUUUGCCGUGUCCAUGUUCCAUCGCAUCGUGAUCUUGAUGAGAUUGCCCUCGCUCUUCAGGAAGAGUAUGGGCAUGUACUCACGUAUCAGAGCUUUCCACUAUCUGAGAUUGCGCGCGCGAGCGGAUUGACUGUGCAGGAGCUGGCCUCGACGGCUAUCAAUGUUCAGUAUGCACUGUCCGAUCAUUCGUCCAGCCCGGAGAAGUUCUCGCUCUCUCUAACGCCAAUGACCGGAUUGGAUCCCACUUUGCAAGACGUUCUGCUCUAUGCUCUGGUAGACCCUCGGGGUGCAGUAAGAGCAUCCAUGACAUAUCGGGAGGCCGCAAUCUCCACUGAGCUUGCCACACAAUUGGGUGACUACUUUGCCCAUUUUGUGUCCGCCAUUGUUCAGUCACCACAGUCUAUUGUCGGAGAUCUUGUCGGUCUCACAGUUAACGACCGUGAGCGACUGCAGCACUGGAACCAGCCACUCUCCCCGCCACCGCCGACAUCUAUCCAUGAACUCAUCACGAAGCGAGCUCGUGAACAGCCAUCAAGCUUGGCUAUCUCGGGCUGGGAUGGCGAUUUUACUUACGAAGGGUUGGAUCGUGAAGCUGCUCGACUCGCGGCAUUGCUGCUUGCCCGCGGUGUCAGGCCAUCGCAAUAUGUGCCAAUAUGCAGCGAAAAAUCGCGAUGGACCACCGUCGCCAUGCUCGCCGUCAUGAGGGCAGGAGCUACCUUUGUUCCGCUCGAUGCCUCCCAUCCCUUCACAAGGCUUCAAGAGCUUGGCCAGCGGGUCAAUGCGACCCAUAUCAUUUCCUCGCCAGCGCAGGCUGGUACGUGCAGCAGAUUGGUAGACAAUGUCAUUGUCCUGGGAGACAGCCUCAAACAAGCGGAUGUCGAUGCUGCCGAUGCAGGAUUCACUGUUCCUACAAGCGAUCCGAAGCAACCAGCUUAUAUCCUUUUCACAUCCGGCACGACCGGAACUCCCAAGGGUGUCAUGGUUCCCCAUUCCUCCUACAUCGCCGCCGCCACGAAGCAAAUCGAGGCUUUCAACAUCGGUCCCGGAUCCUGCGUUCUCCAAUUCUCUUCAUACGCCUUUGAUGUGGCCGUGAUGGAGAUCCUAACCACUCUGCUCGCCGGCGGCACAAUUGGCGUUCUAUCCGACAAUCAACGGAAUGAAAUGCUUCUCAACGGCGUCGGUCCUUUUCCCGUGACGCAUGCAUUCCUCACCCCCUCCGUGGCGGCGACACUUGACGCGGACCGCUCAUGGGUCGAGACCCUAGUCCUCUUAGGAGAGCCCAUGUCCACCGCGCAUAUUGAUCAGUGGGGCGAGAAAUGCCACUUGAUGAACGCAUACGGCCCGACGGAGUGUGCAGUGCUCAACACUGCCCGCGGGCAUAUCGUGCCGGGCUGCGAUCCAGGCAACAUGGGCCACGCCCUAGGGGUGCAUUUCUGGGUGGUUGAUCAAGAUGAUCACGAUCGGCUUGUUCCCGUAGGUGCCGUGGGGGAGUUGGUUGUUGGUGGUCCUCCCGUGGCGCUGGGGUAUCUCAAUGAUCCGGAGAAGACGGCGGAGGCAUUCAUCACGCCUCCGCGGUGGCUGAUGUCCCUCCUGUCUGCUGAUCAAGCUUCCUGGAGGCUUUACAAAACCGGUGAUUUGGUGCGAUAUGAGAUCUCAGAUGGGUCUUUGCGAUACGAGGGACGAAAGGAUCGGCAGAUCAAGGUUAGAGGUCAGCGAGUGGAGCUUGGCGAUAUUGAAUAUCAUGCACUCCGUUGUUUUCCGGAGGCUACACACGCCAUCGUCGAGCAGGUGAUGAUUCCUGCGCGCGAGGAUCCUUCCGUGCCAGAUCAAAGCUCUUCCCAGGUACCCAGAAUCAUUGCGUGUAUCUGUGGAAAUCCUGUUUCUGAGGAAUCUACGGCUGCUGCAUCCGGCAUCAACGAGACCGACGACUCUGAAGACAUCCUCGCUUCAUCGACGCCUGAGUUCCACGCCCACUCUGCGCGUGCCCUGACCCGUCUCCGAGAGGCACUGCCGGGCUACAUGAUCCCCGAUUUUUUCCUGCCUAUCCGCCGAGUCCCACGGCAAAAGUCAGGCAAGACAGACCGCCGAAUGCUGCGGGAGGCGAUAUCUACCGGCCGGGCAGAGCUCCAUCGCUUGGAUGCUCCUGGAGAAGCGGAAGGCAAGCGAUACCCGCGCACAGACAUCGAGUCCCGGCUCCAUGCAAUUCUUGUCCAGCAUCUGAAGCUUGGUCCGGAAGCCGUCGGUAUUGAUGAUAACCUCUUCUAUCUGGGAGGAGAUUCGAUCGUGGCUAUGAAGAUCGCGGCCAGCGCCAGGGAGAAUGAGAUAGAUAUCAGUCCGUACGAUAUCCUUCGCAAUCCAACUGUGGUUGGAUGGGCGGAUGCGGUUGCUGGGAAUGAGAAUGAGUCACAAGAGCCCGACUUCAAACCGCUUGCUGCGUUUUCACUGCUAUCGGAUGAGGAGCGCAGUGAGGUGAUUAGUUCCUUGGCCGCCAAAGGUCUCUGCGUAGGACAAGAAAAUAUCGAGGAUAUCCUUCCUGCGGUCGACAGCCAGGCAUACUAUGUGUCCUCGUCCUCCGUUGUCAAUUUCGCCGAGGUCUUCCCCACUGAACUGGACCCUGUUCGACUCCGGGAAGCCUGCCGUGAAGUCAUAUCGCGAUACGACAUUCUGCGGACAGUGUUUGUCAAGGCUCGCGAUCGAAUCUUCCAAGUUAUCCUUCGCUACGUUGAUUCUGAACUUUCCAUGCGUGAAGUCGACGAUGCUGAAGCAUUCCUGACACACGAGUCUAAAUCCCGACUGGUUCCCACCACACCACUGGGUUCGCUUCUGACAGGCUUCUCGCUGGUAAGGAGCACCACGAAAGACACCUCGGCACUUGUCGUGCGCAUCUCCCAUGCUCAGUACGACGGCGCGAGUCUACCCUUCCUGUGGCAGGCAAUCCAGGCCGCGUACCAGGGGGAUCACCUUCCGGACAUCUCGCCGUUUAGCCAUAUGGUUCAUUACCGGGCCGGACAGGAGCAUGACAACACCGCUUCCUUCUGGCGCAAGUAUCUGCAGGACGCAUCUAUCGCAUCUGUCGACCCUCUGGGUGUCUCUCACAUAACCACGCCCCCCGACGAUCCCAGCGCCUCACGGACAGCUCGACGAGAACUGCCCCAGCCUGCAGCACUAUCUGGAGCCACGACCGCGACGCUGGUCAAAGCAGCCCUGUCCUGGGUCCUCUCGCGCCACGCGUCCCUAUCGGACAUCAUCCUCGGCCAGAUCGCACACGGCCGCGGAUCACCCAUCCCCAACGUGCACCAGAUCCUGGGUCCCUGUGUGACAUUCCUCCCGAUCCGCAUCGCAGUUGACGCGCAGCAAACCGUGGCCGAAUUCCUGCAGCACGUGCAGCGCCAACAAGUCGCGACAGUGCCGCACGAUUCUCUGUCCCUCGGCGACAUCGCCGGCCAAUGCACCGACUGGCCGCCGGAUAUCCGCUUCGGAUGCCUGGUGCACCACCAGGCGCUGCAGUCGCACGAAGCAUUCGAGAUGGAUGGCAUCCCGUCCUUCUCGAGCAUUACCUGGGCCAACUCGCAGCCACCUCCGGGUCAAAUCGAUGUCAUUUCCAUUGAGCGGGACACGACGCUGGAUCUGGUUCUCGCGGCGCCGCCUAAUGUGAUGGGGCAGAAGGAGCUGGAUUGCCUGGCGGAUCAACUGUCGGAUGCAAUUGGCUUCUUUUCUACGAGUUUGGAUUCGCCUUUGGCGGCGGUGGAAGUGAUGUAA